UUUUGAUAAAUUCUGAUUGCUUUAAUGUGAUAUAAGUAUUCAUUGAACUACUAUUCCUCCUAUAAAGUAAUCCCUAAAUGCUAAUAGGAACUAUAUAAGCAUCCUAUUGCUUUAUGAUACUUUCUGAUUCCUGACCUAAAAACUGUAAGAUUUUCUUCGAGCUCCAUUUAAAAAUUUCUCAUGUUUUUAUAAUUAAUAAUAAAAAUGGCUGGAAAAAGAAAAGCUAAAACUCAGGCUAAGAAAGCUCCAACAACAAAAACUUCCAAGGCAACUAAGGCAGCGAAGGUGCAGAAUAAGACUAAGAAGAGAGAUGCCAAAGCUAACAACAAGAAGGACGAAGAGGAUAAGAGCCAAAAUAAGGAAAUUGCUAGCUCUAUGUCUAAUGGAGUCCUGGUAGACCAUAAGAUUCCGAAUCCAGGAUCUUAUGAAGUAGUAUGUGCUGGAGGCAAAGUCCUAAACGCUCAUCUGAUGUAUGCUGAUUGUGUGAGAAACAAUAACAAGUUCUACAUCAUCCAAGGUCUCAAAUCAGGCUCUUCCUAUUAUCUUUGGACGAGAUGGGGAAGAGUUGGAGUAGAUGGCCAGGUCGGCAAGCUUAUGUGAGGAAAUCAAACUGCCCUUAUAGCUCAAUUUAACAAAAAGCUGAGUGCAAAGACUAGUAAAGGAUACAACCAAAUUGAAAUCACUUAUGAAGACGUUGAAGAAACUACCAAGAAGGUGGAAGCAUUAGAAAAAAAGAAGAGCAAAGAGCCUAAACAACAGAAAAAGAAGGAAUCAGAGCUUCCUUCUUCAGUACAAAAGUUGCUAAGUUUCAUUUUUGAUAUGAAAAUGAUCGAGAAAAGUGUUGUUAAGGUUGGAUUUAACGUCAAGAAACUACCUCUUGGUAAACUCUCAAAGGCUACUAUCACCAAAGGAUACAAAGUUCUCCAAAAGAUUGAUCAAGAAAUGAAGGGGGUCGGCAGCUUGACAAAUUUAGGAGCUCUAAGCUCAGAGUUUUAUUCAAUAAUUCCUCAUGAUUUCGGAUUUGCCAAGUUAUCUCAAUUCGUGAUUGACACUAGACAAAAACUUAAAGAUAAAUUAGAGCUUGUUGAAGCCCUUGGAGACAUUCAAAUUGCUGCUGAAAUCAUGAAUGGUGUUGACAAGGACAACAGUGACAAAAACGCGCUGGAUGCCAAAUAUGAUAUGAUGAAAUGUAAGAUAGUCCCUGUGGAAAAAGAUCAUGAAGAUUAUGACAACUUGAUUAAGACAAUCACUUCUACUCACGGUUCAACUCAUUACUACAAAGUCAAACCUCUGGAAGUAUUCGAAAUUCAGAGAGAAGGAGAGGAAGAGAGAUUUAAUAAGAAGAUGGGCAAUAAAAAGCUCCUCUGGCAUGGAUCAAGGUUCUCCAACUGGGGAGGUAUCCUAUCUCAAGGAUUAAGAAUCGCUCCACCAGAAGCCCCUGCCACUGGAUAUAUGUUUGGAAAAGGAGUUUACUUUGCUGAUGUUGUUACCAAAUCUGCUGCAUACUGCUGUUCUCACCUAUCUAACAAUGAAGGACUGCUUGCUCUUUGUGAAGUCGCACUCGGAAGCACCAGGGAUCUCAAGAAUGCGGACUAUAACGCCAAUAAACUUCCAAAAGGCAAAGGAUCUACUAAAGGAGUCGGAAGAUGGGUGCCAAAGAACGAAGUAGACAUUAGUGGCAUUCCUGCUUGUAUUGGGCCAAUGCAAGAUCUCGGCAGCAGCUACUACCUCAGAUACAACGAAUUUAUCACUUAUGAUGUUUCAAAUGUGAAGAUCAAGUAUUUGUUCAGAUGUAAGAUUGCAUAA